CCGAUCGAUCGGUAGAGAGAGUGAGUAUCGGCUGAUAUCGAUCGGCGGCCGAUCGAUCGGAGCAUCCCUAAUUAUUUUCAAGUAGGCCUAUUAAUUGCAAUAUUUUAAAUGAUAAAGUGCUCACAUUAGAUUACAUUUAUUUAUUGCGUGAGAACAUUAGUGAGUUAAAUUAGAUAUAAGUAAUCUGACCCAUCCUCUGUGUCCUUAUAGGCCCAUCAUUUCAUAAUCUGUCCACACCUCUCACGUACAGUUUAGGCACUAUACUGUAAAUCUACUAUAUUUAAUUAAUCGGUGUUGCUUCCACCAGGUGAUCAGUUUGAAAAUUCCCCUUUAUCGUGGCUUUGUACAUGCAGCAUCAUCCACGCAGUCACAUGUCCUUUUGUUUAUGAAAAAUAAUUGUAUUCUCAUUGGUUGUACACUAUUCAUAUCUCAUACCAUCUCUGAGCUAUUAUUCAGGAAUAGAUGACUAUCAUUUCCUGGAAGGCCAUGACUCAGAUCCAAGGAGGUGUGGAAAAACAGGUAGGCCUACAAAAGGAAGCAACCCUGUUCCCUCUUGUUCAGACCUGACACAGCUGCUUUCACUCCACAGCAGGAAGGAUUCCCUCUUCAGUAGAAAGAUGGCGUACUCCACCGGAACAAUCGCGGAAGGCUGUUUUGGGAAGGUCUACAAGCAGAAGUACAACGAUACCUGGGCUGCUAUAAAGAAAGUCCCGCAACACCUCAUCAGACAGUACGACCUGGAGAGAGAGAGUGAAGUGUACAAGAAGGCAAAUCAUCCAAAUAUUGUGAAGCUACUGGGGAAAAUAAAUCUCAAAGACGGAAAAUGGAUUAUUCCUUUAGAGUUUAUCUUUGGAGAAGACUUGGAGAUCACCAUCUUUAAAGCAUCACAGUCUAAAAUACAGUUGACUCCCUCUAUCAAAGGAACUAUCAUCACCGGCAUGUGUGAAGGGCUGUACCACCUUCACUCCAAAGAUAUUGUCCAUCAAGACCUCAAGCCUGAAAACAUCAUGGUGGAGCAUGACACAAACAGAGCGGUCAUCAUCGACCUGGGAUUGGCUAAGUUCUUCCGGUAUGGUCAAAACUCUGCCAUAGAAGGGGGUAAUGAGGCGUACUCUGCCCCUGAGGUUCUGCAGAGGGGCAGUCAGAGGGACCAGCGCUCAGACGUGUGGGCCAUGGGUAAAAUCAUCGCCGAGCUCUGUGCCCGGGUCCGGCUGUACACGCCCAGCGUCUGUCCAGCUAAGAUCAACGAUAUCCUGAAGGAUCAGCCUUACUGCCAUGUUGUGUGUAGGAUGGUGAAUCCCGACCCUACUCUGAGAGCCUCCAUGGGUGGGGUCAUGAGUGAGAUAAAAAGGGUCGGAGGUCCAGGCAUUAACCCCGUUCAAAAAGAUUACCUUAAGCCAGCAACACCUCACAUCAGUGUCGAAAAAAUUUCUCCCGCACCUGGUCACAGAGGUGCAUCUCCAAUGAACAGAGAUCCAUCUCCAGUGAACAGAGACCUAUCGCCAAUGAACAGAGACCCAAACCCAAUGAACAGACACCAACAGCCAAUGAACAGAGACCUAUCGCCAAUGAACAGAGACCCAACCCCCAUGAACAGACACCAACAGCCAAUGAACAGAGGCCUAUCACCAAUGGACAGAGACCGAACCCCCAUGAACAGAAAUCCAUUGCCAAUGAACAGAGACCUAUCGCCAAUGAAGAGAGACCCAAACCCAAUGAACAGACACCAACAGCCAAUGAACAGAGGCCUAUCACCAAUGAACAGAGACCCAACUCCCAUGAACAGAAAUCCAUUGCCAAUUAACAGAGACCUAUCGCCAAUGAACAGAGACCCAAACCCAAUGAACAGACACCAACAGCCAAUGAACAGAGACCUAUCGCCAAUGAACAAGGCUCAAACACAGUUUAACAGAGAUCCACACAACAGGGAGAAAUCGCCAAUGAUAUGGGAGCGCUCACCGAAACCAGAGUGCAAAGCUCCGCCUCCUCGAGCAGCAAUGCCCCUUCCUCCUUCCCCUUAUAGGACGGAGGACAAGAACAAAAACCAGGGUCUGGUCCCGACAGGCAGAACUGAGCGCACCGAAGACCUCAUGAAAGGGAAGUUUUUCCAAGGUGCUGCAGAUAACCUGCCCAGCAACCUGCCCACAACAGGAAGGGUGGUGAUGCAGCGCUUUGAGAUGAAAAACGGGGAGGUUGAAACAUGGGAGCAGAAGGAGGUGGUGACUGAGGGUGGAAAAAUAGUCAAGUUUGGUGAUCUCAAGUUUGAUAGCAAGUAAGAAUAAAGGGAUUUCUUAUUUGGCAGAUAAUGUAGAUCCUAUAAAAGGAUCGAAUGUGCUGGUUCAACGAUUAGUGCAGGGUCACCUAGCUUUUGGUAUCUUUUUAAGAGAGCAUGUUAAAUACUUUUCCAAUGAAUCAACGUGUAAACUGAGGUGAAACUACAGUGGGUGCUUUUUUUUUUGUACACAUAAAGACUCAAAUGAAAAUAAAUGAUAGGUUGAAAUGGUUUUGAGGAGACAUGGAGAAUGGGCUUUGGUUCUGCUGUAACAAGUUAUUCAGCCAUGUUAGGAAUGUGUUUGCUAUCUAAUUUACUUGGCAAGAAAAAUAUAUCUGCAGGCCCGAACAACCAUCUGUGAAUGUUUUAUCAGUAUCUGAAUGCAUAACACUGUGAACAUGGCUCGUACAUGGGCCAGGAGCAAACUAUAAAAUAAUUCUGUUUUUUGCUGUUUUUUUUAUUAGGUCUUAAAUUGGUGACUUCUAUGGCUAAACAUACAAGCUACAUACUUCAUUUAUGGAUCAAGACAGUCUCAGGUUAGGAAAAUGUGCAGUGUUAUUUGUUUGUUAAAAAACAAACUUGUUAAAUAAUUAAAUGAACCUUGGUGGAUCAGUUUGGGUAAGGGCAAAGACGUUUUUGGCACUCCAACCAUAGCUCGGCUAUCAUUUUUUAUUUAAUUUGUAUGAAAAGCUCUUUGCACUUCAGCUCAAAGCCACUAAACUUGGAUUUGUAGAGGAACAUAUUUUUGGCCUACAUUUCUUGGUUCAAAUUGUUAACUUUUAAACUCUUGAACACAAUAUGAAAAUGCCACCACAUUUAGACAACAGCAACCCAGCUCAACUUGAUAGCAUAUCACCUGUAGGCAGGGGUGGUUCUAGGGGGGGGGGCAGUGCCCCCGUAACACUGACUUUGGAGCCCCCUGCGGCCCCCUUCUGAAAAUGAAAAGUUUAUGAUUAAACAAUUUCUUGGCUGACGGAAUAGGCGGACCCAUUAGAGCAUAAAAACUGUAACUAUAAGUAUCUGAAAUAAAUAUGUGUACCAAUAA